GUUCCUUUUCCUCCAUCCAGAGAGUGUUUGUGCCUGGCGCGACUGCCGUACUUGUACCGGUACAUCCCUCUUCCCCCUUGCUGACCAGUCAGAUCACUUGAUCUCUUUCAACUACUAGUAGACGGUCUCUCUCUCCCCUUUACUGUAACUUCCCUCCGGGCUUGCGAAGAUAGUUCCUCUCAUCGCCCCUCCCUUCGCGCCCGCGGCUCCCUUUCUUUUUCCCACUCUUUCACAGUACCCACUCGUUCGUUCUAUUGUACUUUGCACCUGGUGUUGCUCGCCGCCUUUCCAGUAUAUCUUCCAUUCUCUCUGCUGCUUCUCCGACGGGCCGGGUCCUCGAUAAUACAUCUGCUGCCUGCCUCCCGCUCGCAACCAGCUGCAUCCUCGCUCACUCGCCUCCCUCCGUUUCUGCAUCUUCCUGCAAUUUCACCUGUCUUUCCUAUCACCAGGUGCUCGCCCGCUCAUUUGAACAACAUAAUUUCGAUUGCCUUAUUGUAAUAACUUGCACUGGUGUUGCACGCCAUACAUUUCCGUCCGUCGACAGAUAAUAAUAAUAAUACGUUGCCAGUCAACAGACCUGUCCGAUCUAUCACUCACUCACAUACUUACACACCCACACACUUCAAUCGCGGGGGAAAGGAGGAAGAAGAAAGAUUGGAAAAUCUUCAUCGACGGGAACAAUUGAGUAGUUUUUUUUCUUUUUCUUUUUUGGAAAGGAGAAUACUCCGAUUUAUUUGUCCUUGGGGGAGGGACACGGUAAGGGAGAGAGGGGUCACGUUUUGCUAUUCCACCCUUGUCGGCCGGAGUAGACAAAAGAGGUCACUCAAGUGCAUAUAUUAUUACCCACAUCAAACCUCGUCAGGGUCAAAGGGAGAGAAGAAAACCGACUACGGGAAACGGCGUACACCACGCACUCACCCAUCGUCGUCAGCAGACAAACCCCGCACCCUUUUUUUUUUCCUUCCUCCGAUUCCUUCACGCUCUCUCCCUUCCACCUCAUUCAUUUUCGGAAGCUCGCUGUGCUGUGUCGCUCUUUUUGCCAGCCUAGAUCAUUCCUACACCAUCUUUUAGCACCGCCCAGGAAAACUUACCUAUCCUUUAUUUUUUCCUCAUCCCCCCCCCCGCAUUAAUCAAAUAGACGGGACUAUCCACCUUCUUAUCCUUCUCUAUAUAUAAAAAAAGUCCUCACUCAUUUUCAAAAACAAAAACCGUUUGUUUCUCUACCCCAACCCGAGAUAUAUUCAGACAACAACCAGACAAGAUGGCAAUCGGCAGAACCCUCACAAAGAAGCCGUCGAAAUACAGCUUCUCCACAACGUCGCCGACGGAGGCACAAUCAAAGCGCGGCUCAAUUUCGAAGAUUCAGAUCUCAGCGCCUCUAGAACUAAUCAGCACGACAAACAUGAUCAGCUACACCUCUCCGUCAUUGCGGUCGUCGAUAUCACACCCAUCCCCAUCCACAUCGAGCAUAAGCACGAGCCCGACGUCAUCUAGAUUCCCCCCAUCCUCACCAUCCUCCUCAUCGGCAAGCUCAAAUUCUGGUUCCGACUCGGAAAUCUCCUCUCCAGACGAGCCCUCCCCACCACCAAACCAUCUCUCAAUGUACUUUCCUCCAGCCGUUCCCGCGAGAAGCAAAUCUCGCCGCACAGUCCCUCCUCCACCUCCUCCAGCACACCCAUCGCCUGCACCCGUCGCAGGGUUGAACCUAACCCGUACCCCAUCCCGUAGUCAGCAGAAGAUGCACUCCAGAAGCGUCCGCGCUUCGAACCCGUUCGGCGUGGAAUUGGCCAAAGUCGCUGAAAUAGCGGAGGACAUUGGUGUGCAGGUUCGUGAUGCUGAGGAGGAGUUCAUGAUGGAGCGUGGGUUGCAGAAGUUCUCAGCCAACGAUUAUGCGGCCGAGAUUAGCGGUGUGUUUGACGAUGUGUUGCCGAACCUAGGAGCUGGGUGGAUUUAGGAUUGUUCUUUCUAUGUGUGUCUGGGUGGUGUCCGGUGAGGAAGAUUGUUAGAGAGCGGGCGGAAGGAAUGGAUCGAUGUGUCAAAUGUGUUUUUUCUUCUCCGGGGCAAGUACACUCAAACUCAUUACAGGUUGGGAAAAGCCUGCUCGUGUAUUGUCUGACAUCUCCAUUCUUAACUCUUAAUUUUUUUUUUUUUUUGGCUGUUCGCACUUGAAGUAUUGUAUCUACCUAUCGCAGCUAGUCUGCUCUAUUACACCCUGCCUGUCUACCUUGACAUUAUAUUCUUGCACAAUAUUUUUUUUCUUUCCCUAUCUCAUGAUACCACUCACUCCUACUCACUCUUUUCCUUCCUCUUCUUUCCUUUCUCGGGAGUACGGUUCACGGCGCGAUAUGUAAAAGUUUCUUUUUUCUUUUUUUUCUUUUCCAAAUAUUUAUUUAUUUCUGGUGUCUAUUCCUCUUU